AUGUCUGCACUCAAGAACGCUUCGAUGUCGCCCAAACUCAGCUUCAGCGGCCCCUCGCCCAGCUUCUUUCUCUUUCUCUUUCUCUCGCUCGAAAACUCGUCUCCAGUCUCGGACGGCAGAAUAUCGUCGUCGCCGUGGCUACGCUUCAACUUCUUGCCGUUCGUCUCGUCCACCCCGUUUAUGGUCUGGUCGCCAUCGGUUUCAUCGCCAUCAGCGCUCUUCUUGGCCUUCUUUGGCCGUUUGUUCUUCUUUCCGUCGUCAUCGCUCAUGGCUUCCUCCAAAAACUUGAGUCGGAGAUCUUUCAUGUACGUUGCAAAAGCUGUUUCUCUUUCUGAGUCCACAUCAUUGAUUAAUCCAGCAUUCUCAGUCUCGUCAACAGGGCGUGCCGGCGGCACUAGAGACCGCAGUUUCUCCAGAACAGCGUCGUUACCAUUAGCAAUCUCCUCUGCAAUGUUGAGCGACGACUCAAAGCCCGAGCCCGAACCAGACUCCACAUUGAAUGGGUUGGCCAGAACCUUCUCUGCGUCGAAAUCUGUCUCCAAAAACAGAUAG